GUCCUGCGGACUCCUGCGGUAAUAACCAUAAGCAUAGCGGAGAGCGAGCCUGCCGCGCGCGCCUGCACUGCGCCGGGCACCAGCCAGUCCAGCCUGCAGCCGCGCGGAGACCGCUCGUGUCGCAUCGUGAAGCAUGUCUAAGACCACCAGCUCGGAGGCCCAGGCCGGCGGCAGCGCCUCCAGCGCCACGGAAACCACGCCGCUGAUCGCUACCAAUGUUGUCGAGGAACCUGAUAAUGGAGGAGGAGGCGGUGGAGGCACCGCGAGCGCAGGGCUGUCGGCGAAGCAGACGGCCUUCCUGAUCGCCGGCGAGAUGGCUGGCAGCGGGGUGCUGGCACUGCCGCGAGCUCUGGUCAAGACGGGUUGGGUUGGUGUGCCCAUCAUCAUCGGGAUGUGCGCCAUCGCGGCCUUCAGCGGCAAGCGGCUCGGCGACUGCUGGUCCAUCAUCGAGGGCCGCGACCCUGAGAUGAGGAGCCGGAAGAGGAACCCUUACGCCAUCAUCGCUGACCAGGCGCUGGGCAGGACAUGGAGCGUGAUAGUGUCGAUGGCGGUGACGGUGACGCUGUUCGGCGCGGCCGUGGUGUACCUGCUGCUCGCGGCGCAGAUCAUCGAGCAGGUGCUGCACUCGCUCAUCCCCGCCGUGACCUUCUGCUCCUGGUACCUCAUCGUGGCCGGCGCCAUGACCCCCCUCAUGCUCUUCGGAACUCCGAGGGACUUCUCCUUCAUCGGCGUGGUGGCUCUUGGCGCCACGGUGCUGGCGUGCGCGCUGUACUUCAUCCAAAUGAUGAGCGAGGUGCGGCCCUUCGUGUUCCGCCUCGGCAUCCACGGCUUCGAGGACUUCUUCCUGGCCUUCGGCACCAUCAUGUUCGCAUUCGGCGGCGCCUCCACCUUCCCCACCAUCCAGAACGACAUGGCCGAUAAGAGCAAGUUCAGUAAGAGUCUUCAGUGGAGCUUUAUCGCAAUCCUCCUAUUGUACUUGCCCAUCGCGAUCGGCGGGUACGCGGUGUUCGGCGAGAGCGUGGCGCCCAACGUGGCGGCGUCGCUGAAGGACACGCCUCUCAAACUCGUCGGCAACAUCCUCAUGGCGCUGCACCUCUUGGCCGCCUUCAUGAUCCUCAUCAACCCUGUCUGCCAAGAGAUGGAGGAGCUCUACAACGUGCCCAGGGAGUCUACUGGCUGGCGCUUCGCCGUCCGCCUGUCGAUAAUGGCGGGUCUCCUGUUCAUCGGUGAGAGCAUCCCUCGCUUCGACAAGAUCCUGGCGCUGGUGGGCGGUACCAGCGUGGCCCUGCUCACGUUCAUCCUGCCCUCAUAUUGCUACCUGAACUUGAUCAAGCAAUCACGAGCCGAAGGACAAAAACCAAUUGAAACUCCCGGAUGGAUGAAGAUGGUGUGCUGGGAGGUGAUCGCGGUGGGCGUGGUGGGCGGCGUGGCGACCACCAUCAGCGCCAUCAGCACCAUCUUCGGAUCCACUCUCACCAAGCCCUGCUACCUUUAAGACAUCACUUUUUUAAUGUAGCCAUCUUGACAUCUUACGUAAUAAUGUCUUUCAACUUAAUUAGGAUACCUUUAUUUUGGUAUGGGUUAUGCACAUCGUGGUAUUCUUUCCAUUGUUUGAAUAUUUUCUCUCUUCUUUGUUUGGUUUUAGAGUGACUAAAAUUUUAUAGCCCAGGCGGCCAAAGAGUUUAGUUUAGUCACUUUAUUGCACACUCAAAUCUACUUACAUUUAUAGUGAGAACAAAAAGCUUAUUGUCUUUUUUUAUUUUUUUAUUUGUUUAGUUUAAAAAAAUACAUAAUUACAGGGAGAAAUAACAAUGUUACUGUGUGUUAGUUAAGUAAUUUUAGCCUCAAAAUAAAUAUGUAACAAAGUGUU